UAUUUCGUACGACAACGGAAAUGUCUUUGCAGAUGUAAAUUAUAAAUUAAUGGAAAGCAAACAAUAAUUCACAACGUUUUCCUGGAUUCGUUAUUGUCGUCGCUCUCUUUUGUCCCGUUGGUUUCGUCAAAAACGGCGAGAACAGGAGCAAAGGCAAAAGUUCACCAAUAUGUCGACCAGUUUGAUUUGUGCUAGAUAUUCUCAGACGCAACAAGGUUCUGAAUUGUCUGCACUCACAAUUCAGCAGCAGCAGCUUCAACUGCGACAGCAACAACAACUCAGCGAUGUGGCAGUCGUUCCAAAUAUGCUUAUUGAGGAUGAAGUCCAUGGAGUCAUUGAGAUUCCCAGUUACAUUGAGGAGAUAAUAAAUCACCCUCAGUUCCAACGCCUGAAGAAAGUAAAGCAAUUGGGGUUGCUCAGGUUGUCCGAAAAACCGGAUGGUGAUCAUACCCGCUAUGAUCAUUGUAUUGGAACUUUCAAAAGCGCUCAGGACCAUCUGAAUGCCGUUAUACGCAAUUCUAACUAUAAGCCGGAUUUACCAGAAUGGUGCCGAUAUUCGGUUGAAAUUGCGGCGCUGCUGCAUGAUGUUGGUCAUGGUCCAUUUUCGCAUAACUGGGAAGAAGCUUGCGGAUCCAAAUUUGAUCACGAGCUUAACGGACUGAUCUGUGUGGAUCAAAUUUUUGCGGAUGUGAAGAGCCAGGAGCUGCUUUCAUUUCGCGAUGACUGCAAUGGACGAGGUGUGCAGCUGAUUAAGGCCUUGAUAAGAGGCGAAAGUGAGAUGCUCACUUUUCCAAUGAUGGGAUAUGGCUACAUUUUUGAUAUUGUGCACAACAGUCGCUGUGGUCUAGACGUAGACAAGUGGGAUUAUAUACGGCGUGACAAUAAACGGCUCCAUAUUCUUAGCGAGGAACAAUUGCAGUUCGACGAUGUCUUCCUGAAGGCUAGAAUUUCACCGGAUGGUCAACGCAUUGAAUAUCGCUAUGAUGACUAUCAUCUUAUAUAUAAACUGUUUGUGGCGCGCUGGUCUCUGCAUAUUGGCGCCUAUCAGUUGCCCAAGAACCUGGCAUUUGAUAGCCUCUUGACAAAGAUUCUUCGUCGAUGUCAGACUAAUCUGUUCGACUUGAGGGGUGACAGUAGUGGCUGGGUUGAUUUUACCGAUGAUAGUCUCAUGGAAAUGAUAGCCAGCGAUCCUCAAGCAAUUUAUCUCAGUGCCCCAGAACGCUGGAUUGAGACGACAUCCUGUGAGGAUCACAAUGCUAAUUAUAUAUGCGUCAAAGGCAAGAAACUAGGACCCGGCGAAGACAUGAAGCCCGAUGAGUUUUAUGCAUUGUACGGCGAUAAAAGCAAGAAACGCAACAUUACUCGACUAAUGACGCCGACAUCCAUAAACGCUUGCUUCAAAUUGCAGUAGGUAAAAGUUCUGCAAAGCAUUAAAAUUACAAAUGCUAAAAUCACUGAAUGAAAAAACUUUUUUUUAUAGUUUUCUUUUUAAUAUGUGUUAUUUGUGUUCAAUUUAAAAAGCCAGCAGCGAAGCUAAAUGCUUAAAUCCAUACAAAAUUAUUUAAAUCUUUUUUUAAUAUCUGUUACUUACAAUAUUUUUCAGUAAAU